CACAAUCAGUAAAGGGGAAAUAGUUUUACACAGCAUUGUAUUUUGGGAUGUAAGAGGAACAUUGUAACACUAGAGGACAGCAGAUACAUUGUCGUGUGGCAGUGGAAUGAACAGGGCGUAGUUUAAAAUGCUUCUCCCCACCCACACCACGCGGACCAAGAAGUACGGCAUGCGGAAUGGGCCAGUCGCCCUCCUUUUCCUCACCAUCGAGAGCGUCCAGUCAUAGAAGGAAUUAUGACUGUUCGCCGAGCAAAUCGAGUGCCAGUCGGGGCGCAUUAAAACCAGGAGUUGCGUUGAGACAGCAGUGAACUGACGGGGUUAGAAAAAGUAGCCUACACGAACGGGUGAAAACCAGAACACAAACGACAGGUUGCUUAGUCGGACGGUGUGUGGAAGCACUUUCUCAUCAAGGCGUACAAAGGAGAAAACACAGUGAGGGCAUCUUUGGCGAUGGAAGCCUAUCCGGUAAUCAUGUGCUGACUUGGACUGUCGGAGAGGCGGGCGGCUUCAUACGCUGAAGCAAAGUUCGAUGCGCUUUGGCACCGGUUCACCCUUUUACGGGUUUGCGUGCGCUCGCCUUGGAGUUUAUCAAUGUGUCGGUUCAAACAGAACGGGAAAGGACAAUGAUUGGAAUGUCUCUCCGAGGACCAUGGAAGAAAAGUUUGGAGAGAGCUGUGAAAAAGCCGAAAGCAAAAGCCAAUCGGACGUCGCACUACCCGCCAGAUCAAUACCAUUUACAGCUACAGAUUUGAGGCCACACUCGUCUGAUUUGACUCUAUCCUUGGGACCCCCCGAUACCCUUUCUGAUUGUAACACAUUCCCAUGCCUUCAUGUUAAAAUGACAAAAACACCCAAAACGCACCAUGCGUCUAAAUCAGGUGGUCUGGACGAACGAAGCUCCUACCUCCCAAGGCCUAGUUCUACCGAGAACCCAGACCAGGAAUGUUCUUUUCAUCAAGUCACCAAAGACUUCUCUGUUCAAAGGGGCACUUCAGUCAGCUACCUGGGCACCAUUCCUCGUCUUGUCAUCACACCGAGUCCUGGUUCUGGACCACAGUCGCGUGACAUGGGAGAGUCUCUUGACCAACACGCAGAUGAAGAGUCGCCCUGUUCGGAUAGUGGAUGUGGAGGCUCCCCUGUGCCGUCGAUCUCUUUUCGAAAACUCUCCAGCUCUUCUUCUACGUGUCUGUCCUCCGCUUCAUCCUUCGAGGAAUCCGAGGACGAUAUGACUGGUAGUGACCUGGAGCCGAACAGCCUCUCCCCGGGUGCAUACAACAUGUUGGGCAGAACACCAGACGAUGUGACAGGGACCAAGUCGUGGAAGAAGCUGAAGACCAUGGUUCACUGGUCGCCAUUAGUCGUGGCUUUCAAGAAACGCUGGGUGCAGUUGGCCGGACAUGCAGGUAGUUUCCAGGCGGGGGAGUACGGGAGGCUGCUGAAGAGGUACUGCGAGUGCGAGCACCUGAGUCUGGCUGCCCUGAUGGAGGACGUGCUGCGUCCCUUUGUGCCGGGCUACUACGGGGUGGUGCAGCGCGACGAGCAGGACUACAACCUCAUGGAGGACCUGCUGGCCGACUUCGACUCGCCCUCCAUCAUGGACUGCAAGAUGGGCAGCAGGACGUAUCUGGAGGAGGAGCUGGCGAAGGCCCGUGAGCACCCACGGCUGCGGAGGGACAUGUACGAGAAGAUGGUGGCCGUGGAUCCGCUGGCGCCCAGCCCUGAGGAGCACGCGCAGCAGGCCGUGCUCAAGCCGCGCUACAUGCAGUGGAGGGAGACCCUCAGCUCCACCGCCACCCUCGGAUUCCGCAUCGAAGGCAUCAAGAAAGCGGAUGGGACCUGCAACACAAACUUCAAAAAAACAAAAGACCAAGAGCAAGUGAUGAAGGCUCUGAGCGACUUUGUGGAUGGCAAUAUGCCGAUUCUGAGAGCCUAUCUCCAGAGGCUGGAGGAGAUGCGGUCUGUUCUGGAGACGUCAGACUUCUUCAGGACUCACGAGGUGGUGGGCAGCUCUCUGUUGUUCGUGCACGACAGCUCGGGGAAGGCGCGAGUGUGGAUGAUCGAUUUCGGAAAGACGGUUCCCGUUCCACCCCCGCGCACCCUGGACCACCGCACGCCCUGGCAGGAAGGCAACCGCGAGGACGGCUACCUGUGGGGCCUGGACAACCUCAUCCAUAUCUUCAGGGCCAUCCUGCCUGGUGGCUAGCGCUAACUCUAUACCCCGAGGAGAACCUCCUCCUGGCCUACAUUGCUACCACCACCAACUCCUCAAUCUUCCGUCAAGAUAAGGUGGAAUGGUUCGGUUAGAGAAACGCCUUCCUCUAGCUUCUAGAAAAAACAUUGUUGACACCGUAUGAGGAGCAACAUGAAAGGAAUCAGCUGGCAGAGAUCAUGAAAAGAAGAGCAAACUUUUGAAGGGCACAUGCUCAAUAGAGCUAAUCCCCCUUGCCCUGGUGCCUUUUGCUGCCUAUGCGACGCAUACUUUGUUGUUCCUGUGAAAAUACACGUACGUAUGUACUGCCUUCAAGCUGUUUGACACAUACUUCUGGCAUUUGGGUUGACGACUCAUGUUUUUGCCUUACACGGAAAAAAAAAACACGUUUGGCUGGUUCUCACGGCCGACUCUGUUCAAUUUCUGGAUUUCUGCCCUCUGGUGGAGGAAAAGGGAAACGCCAAGUGCUUCUGGCUGCCAUUGGGCCAGAAGGAGUAGGAGCAGCUUUAUGGAAAACAUGGACCAAGAAAGAUUUUUUUUUUUGUUAACCAGAGACUUGGCUAAUUUUCCUUUUAAAAAAUGGCUAAAUACGCUACAACACUAGUGCACACUGGAUUUUUUUCUGGUGUCUUUUUUUAAAUUGUAAAUAUAUCUUUUUUUAUUUAAUUUUA